AAAGAGGGGGUGGGGGCUUACGGACUACGGUCUUCUAGCGAACUCUUGUCAUUCGUUUCCUUCUUUCUUUCUUCUUCGUCUACUCAUCACUUUUCUUAUCUCUCUCUCUUUCGCACACCUCUUCCUUUUCUCGUCCACCAUUUGAUUAAGGGAAGAGUUGUAUUGAUUUGAGCUCAAAAAGAAAUGGCUUUGAUACAAUUUGGGAGUACAUGUGUUGCUCAAUGGAGUAUUCGUCCUCAUUUUGCUGUCAGAGCUUAUCAUCCUACCACCACCAGUCUCCAAUCAUCAACCACCCGCCAACAAAAUUCAAUGAGGAGACAAAUAAACUGUUUGGGAGCUUCAAGGUCGAGUAUCUUCUCACGUGGCUCCUUGCCCUUCUUGUCUAUGGCCGGAAAGUCUAGAAAUAUGCAACCUCGGAGAGGUUCUCGCUUCACCGUUAGAGCUGAUGCAGAUUACUAUUCGGUUCUCGGAGUUUCGAAAAACGCAACUAAAUCUGAGAUUAAAAGCGCUUAUCGGAAGCUUGCUAGGAGUUACCAUCCGGAUGUGAACAAGGAACCUGGUGCAGAAGAGAAAUUCAAAGAAAUAAGUAAUGCGUAUGAGGUCUUAUCAGAUGAUGAAAAGAAAUCUCUUUACGAUAGGUUCGGUGAGGCCGGAGUUAAAGGCGCUGGUGGAAUGGGAGGCAUGGGGGACUUUAGCAAUCCCUUCGAUCUAUUCGAGUCAUUAUUCGAAGGCAUGGGUGGGAUGGGAGGUGGUGGUGGUGGGAUGGGCAGAGGCUCAAGAACCAGAGCAGUGGAUGGUCAAGACGAGUACUACACCCUGAUCCUGAACUUCAAAGAAGCAGUGUUCGGGAUGGAGAAGGAGAUUGAGAUAACCCGGCUCGAGAGCUGCGGGACCUGCGAAGGCUCAGGCGCAAAACCAGGAACCAAACCGACCAAAUGCACGACCUGCGGCGGUCAAGGCCAAGUGGUUUCGUCAGCAAGAACUCCUCUCGGUGUGUUCCAACAAGUCAUGACUUGCUCGUCCUGCAACGGCACAGGAGAGAUCUCCACGCCGUGCGGUACUUGCUCUGGGGACGGACGCGUGAGGAAGACGAAACGGAUAAGUCUCAAAGUACCAGCCGUUGAUUCCGGUAGCCGGUUGAGAGUGAGAGGAGAAGGCAAUGCAGGGAAGAAAGGCGGGUCAGCAGGCGAUCUUUUCGUUGUCAUAGAGGUCAUACCGGACCCGGUACUGAAACGGGAGGAUAUCAAUAUUCUCUACAGUUGCAAGAUAUCGUAUAUAGACGCUAUCUUGGGGACGACACUGAAGGUUCCCACGGUGGAUGGGACGGUGGAUUUGAAAGUACCGGCGGGGACGCAACCAGGGACGACGCUGGUGAUGGGGAAAAAGGGAGUUCCGGUGUUGAACAAGAGCAACAUGAGAGGGGAUCAGCUGGUGAGAGUGCAAGUGGAGAUACCAAAGAGGUUGAGCAAAGAGGAGAAGAAGCUUGUUGAGGAGCUUGCUGAUAUGAGCAAGAACAAGACUGCUAAUAGCAGCAGCAGUAGAUGAAUGAAUGAAUGAUUAGAAAAGAAGAAAGUUUUGACAUUUGGAAAUGUGAAUCUGAUAUAUGAAUAUGAAUUUACACAUUAUUGUUCUUUCUUGCUCUGUAAAAGCUUUUAUGAUAAUUGGAAUGACUCUUGCAAAGAGGAAGUAAAGGGAUGAUGAAAAAUGA